AGAGGAUCAGGAUAUCACAGACACACUGUGAUCUGUGAUGACACUAGCCGACAUAAGGACUAUAACCUAAGAAAAUCGCGUGUUCUUUGACUAUCUGCACCGCUACUCUGUUGUUUCUUCAGAAAGUUGAAUGUUGCCAUUGAAAAACCCACAAAGUUUCACUAGGAGUUAGUGACAGAAUACUGUUAACGCGAAGUACUGAAGAUAAGAUAAGGACGUAGAUUAUUCAUAUAAAAUGACGCAAGCUCUAACGUGGAAAGAACUCGCAGAAGAGGAAAACCAGCCCUACUUUAACAACGUUUUGGAGUUUGUGGCCAAAGAGCGUGCGUCCGGAAUUACCAUCUAUCCACCAGACGAAGACGUUUUCAAUGCCUUUUGCACCGAACUGAAAGCGGUUAAAGUCGUAAUUCUCGGUCAGGAUCCCUAUCAUGGCCCCAACCAGGCACACGGUCUCUCAUUUUCUGUUAAGCCAAGCGAGAAAAUUCCGCCCUCCUUGAAGAAUAUUUACAAAGAACUAGAGAGUGAUCCUGCCAUUAGCAACUUUACGAUACCAAAACACGGACAUCUGCAAAAAUGGGCGGAACAGGGAGUGUUGUUACUCAACACGGUUCUAACGGUACAGAAGGGCAAGGCGAAGUCUCACGCCAAUCGGGGUUGGGAGAAGUUUACGGAUAAGGUGAUCAAAGUGCUCAGUAUGUAUGGUGAGGGAAUAGUGUUCCUGCUAUGGGGCGCCGAUGCGCACAAAAAAACAGCGAUAAUCGACCCGAAGAAACACCAUGUCCUCAAGGCGCCACAUCCCUCUCCAUUAUCCGCUCAUCGCGGCUUUUUAGGGUGUAAGCAUUUUUCUACAACCAAUUCAUUGCUAGAAGACCAAGGCAAAAAACCAAUUGACUGGUAUCUACCUGCCGAAAUGUAACUGUUUGCCAGGCAGGAUAUGUUAUGUAUUUUAAAUAAAUAUUCAUAAAAGA